UCACGUCCACACUAUCCCUCCGACCUCCAGGGGGCACGACGGGGGCUGGAGUUCCCGCCCGGUUUCAAACGCCAAGGUGAGCCCGACUCCAGUCCGGGUUUUGUGCUUCUCCCGCCGGCCACAGCAGCUUAUCUCCUCUCCCUUUGUGUUCGAGUCCUCUCCUCUCUGGUUCACAUCUAUGCGGAGCCGGGAAGCCUGGAGAGAACCGCCUCCGUCCGCAGCUCCUUCAUGUCCGCGGGACAGGAACCAGACUUCCCCGGGGACGAGGUGUUCAUGAGCCGGUUCCCCGUCCACCGCGCCUGCCGGGAUGGAGAUGUCGGGGCUCUGGUGUCUCUGUCCGAGCAGCUCCGGGCUCACCUCACCGCUGAGGACCCCUGCUACGGGUGGACCCCCGUUCACUGGGCGGCUCACUACGGACAGCUAGAGUGCGUGGUACGCCUGGUGCAGAUGGGUUGUGGCGUGAAUGUGGGGACCAGCCGCUUCGACCAGACACCGGCCCACACUGCGGCGUUUGGAGGACACCCUCACUGUGUGGUGUGGCUGACCCAGGCUGGAGCUGAUGUCAACAGGCAGGACUUUGUAGGUGAGGCUCCCAUCCACAAGGCGGCUCGGUCAGGUAGCCUGGAGUGUAUCCAGGUCCUGCUGAUAGCAGGUGCUAAACCACAUUUAAGAAACGCCAGUGGGCAGACAGCAGCAGACCUGGCCCACGCUCACGGCUUCCUCGACUGUUUCCGCUUCAUCUCAAAUGCCCAGAAACACCUGCUGCAGCUCGGCGUGCAGAACGGAAGCGUCCCCUGUGGUCUCGGCCGGCUCAACAGAAAGAGGCUGCCAACCACUGUGGAGCCCGGGCACCUGAAGAAAGCCAGGAGAGCUGAGGAUGUAUUGGUGCAGAUGCACAGCGGUGGAGGUGAGGAGGUGGAGAGCAUGAACAUGGAGUCUGCACAGGGGCUCAGCUCAGCAGAAGAUGACACCAAAGGCGUCACCAAUGGCCAUCAUCACGUGUUGCCUCUUGCUGCCCAGGAUGAGCCUGAGCCCUCCAAAGCAACUCCCCCUCCUCAGCGCUCUUCGGCGGACAUGUGCGGAUCCCUGCAUCUGACCGGGAGCCCCAGCAGCUGCAUGUCCCAGCGGCCAGCCUGGUGGGGGCUGAUGGGAGCCGAGUGCGGGGACUUUCAGCAUUACGGACACUACCACGGCUUCGGAGACACAGCGGAGGAGCUGAAUGACAGCAUCCAGGCUGAGCACAGAUACAAGCAGGCUGUGGCCAGCACCGUCCACCUCUACCACGGAUCAUAAGCAGAGGGUUAGCGUCCAAAGCCUGGCCCCUGGAGAUGUCCUCUGGAGAUGAUAUGCUGUCCCUUAACUUUAAAGUAUCACUUAUAUUUUGGGAAAGAUCUUUAGUCGCUAAAUCUAAAGUCACUACUACAGAUAAGUAGGUCAUUCAGAUAAUCUUUAAACACAGACCCCCAGAUCUUUCCAGGAUUUUUUAAGAGUUGACCUGGGACUCAGUAUCAGCAUCCGUCCCCACUGGCUAGUUUUCCCAAUUAAGAGCUAUUUAGUAGGAUUGUAUGGUGUUGUGUGUGUGUGUGUACCUUGAGGCUGUCCUCUCUCAAUGUGUCCUGAUCUGCCGUCCUUCAGCAGGGAGGAGCAACUGCACGGAAACUGACAACCUCCCAGCUCGCCUUGAUCUACCAAAGGGAAUGUGUUUUGCAGCUUUUAAUUUGAAAUCAUUUGUUUUGUUGUAUUUAUACUUUAGAGCAGGUGAAUGUACUGUCAUUUUUAUAAAGCAUACUGUAUAUUGGGACAUGUAGACUGGGCUGUCUGUGGGGAACUGCACAAAGUGCCAAAGGCUGUUUUAUACUUUAUACUCUGGUUUAGCCUCUUUUCCUAUUAAACCUUUUUUGCAGUUUGAUUAAAAAAAA